GCAGACGCCAGAUGGCCUCCCACCGCAUCGGCGCCUACCCCCGGGACAGUGACUGACCCUUUAGCCACUGCAUGCUGAGAAGCGCUCUCUCGCUCCUCCUCCUUCGCGUGUUCGCCAUGGCCGCCGACCGGCCCGCGCGCCUGCGGGCAGUAUUCAGCGACCUUGACGGCACGCUCGUCCACUUCCCAUCGUGGUUCGAGGAGCAUGGCGCCAAGAUUGUGAGCCGCGACGCCGAGGCGAAGCGCUGCGUGGUGGAGAGUGCCACCGGCGAACGGCGCGAGUGUCGGCUCCUGCCGUCCAGCACGAUGGGCGACGGGGUCGUAUCAGAGCGCACCGUCGAGCUCGUCCGCCAGCUGCGCGCCGAGGGCGUGCUCUUCGCGGUGGUGACGGCCGCGCGGAAGUCGACGCUGCUGGCGCGGCUGCCGCUGCUACCGGCGUGCGACGUCGCGGUCGGCGAGACGGGCUCGCGCAUCCUCCUCGAGGACGGAGCCGUCGACGUCGAGUGGGCCGCCCGCUUUGAGGCGGUUUGCGGUCCGCUCGAACGGGAGAUGGACGUCACUCACCGGCCGGAACCGCUGUGGCGGCUGUUUCGACGGCUGCAGUCGAUCCGCGGCUUAAAGUGCGACGCUCGCUCCUACUACGGCUGCUUCCGGGCCGACACGGGCGACGAUCCGAGCGUGGACGCGGCGCUGCGCGCGUGCGUCGAGCGCGAGCUGCCGGCGGGCGUGAGCUGGGCGAUGAACCUGGGCAAGUACGACUUUUACCCCGCGCUGAGCGGGAAGGGCAACGCCGUCUCGUACCUGCAGGCCAAGCACGGCGUCGCCGCCGCCGAGUCCGCCUGCCUCUUCGACGACGACAACGACCUGCCGAUGGCGGAGCGGUGCGGCGCGCACCUGCUGCCCGGGCUCACCUCCGCCUCGGUGGCGCACGCGGCUGAGGCGCACCCGGACUGGUACGUCGCCCCGAGCGCGGGCCAGGGCGUCUUCGCCGUCGAGGAGUGCCUAGAGCGGCUGCUCGCCCGCGUCCGUGCGGAGAAGGCUGGCGAGGGGGCGCAGCCUGUCGGCGCGUGAUGUUGGCUCGGGCUUCAUUCAUUUUCUUUCGGCGGUAAAAGUUUUUAAAGAUGUAA